CACCAAACUACGACCUGUCUCCGUCACAAAGGAGAAGAGACUCUCUCAUAACUUUCAGAAGCAAACAGCUCGAUUUCAUUUCUCGAGAUUUAAUCAGUUAUCGUUUGCGAUUUGAUCUGGAUCCGGAAUGGCGUACGUGGAUCAUGCGUUCUCGAUAUCAGACGAGGACAUGAUGAUUGGGACUGCAUACACCGUGAAUAACCGACCGCCGGUUAAGGAGAUCGCACUCGCGGUGGCUCUCCUCGUGUUCGGAACCCUAGGAAUCGUCUCAGGCUUCUUCAUGGCGUACAAUCUAGUUGGCGGUGAUCGAGGCCACGGGAUUUUCUUCAUGGUCCUGGGGUGUCUGCUGUUCAUACCAGGGUUUUACUAUACUCGGAUCGCCUAUUACGCUUACAAAGGAUACCAAGGUUUCUCCUUCUCAAACAUACCCUCCGUUUAGUCUUUAAUGUAUAGAGAUGAUGUUUAAGUAAAUGGCCUUACUUGUUUUCUUUCUAUAUAGUGUAAUAGUUUUAGAGGAGUUAAGUGAUUUCCAUGUUUGAUAUACAUAUAUGUAUCCCUUCCUGCUUUCCUCCUUACUCUUGUUAAAUAAUUGUGAGCCUGUUACAAUUAGUCCGAUAUACAUAUUACCAUAUAUAUAUAUGUACCUG